CGACCUGCUGCUCUGCUUGAGCUGUGUGUAGACGACGUCUGGUGAUUGCUGAGGAAUAUAUAGUUAUCAUCAUGUCACGACCUUUUCAGACAGAUGCCUUGAAUCCGGGUGCCAUACCGUCUGCAUCCUCUGGCCGACUCGGCAGGACCAAUCAACCCCUUUCAUCAUCAGCAAGGACGUUUGAACUUCCAGUGGAUAACUUGGUCCCUGGCAGUCGAUACACUGCAGAGUUGAAAAAGACACACGAAGAUUGGAAUGCGAAGAUUGACAAGGAAGUCAAAGGUCUAGCCAAGGGGCUCAAAGAGCUAGUUGAUUUAGCGGAUAUCGGUACCAACGCCACCGCCUCCUCCUCUCCUCUUCCACUCCAGCUCCGACUCUCAUCCCUAAUACGUUCUACUCAGACACUUCGAGAUAUGACCCAUGAGCUCAAACUCUUGCUUCUGCUCUCGGACCAAGUCUCAGCUGUGGACAGCAGAGAUAAAGAGGUCAGAUCUGUCCGACGCGAGGUCAACGAGAAACGACAAGAGGUCGCAAGGGAGAUUGCAAAGCUGUAUGCGGGGGAUAAAACAGCGGAUAACGCGGACGGGCGACCGGACCCUGUUGAUGAUGGUCGGGCGUCAACACUCUUGGAACCUCCUGGACAUGAGCCAGCGGAGGUGACUGGCGAGGUGGAAGAUAAAGUAAAGGAGGACGAAGAAGAAGAGGUGGAGGAUGAGGAGAUGGUGGAGGUUUAGAGGAAGCAUGGCAUACCUCUGCCAUGGGUGGAGCGAAUUGGUAACUUAAGCUGGUCGAUACAGUUUGGGACAUUCAGCAAAUCCCAGCCCUGCCCUGCCAUUCGGCUGCACCAAUGACAACUCUGGCGUGCCGCGUGGGCUGGCGGCCUCCCUGAUGCCAGUGGCUACCUCCACGGCGCGCUAGCUUGCGGCCUCGCCUCGCUGUGUAGUUCCAAGGGACAGGUCGCGCAGACCAACACUCGUAUUUUAGUCUGUAUGCGUUA